UAACAACUGUCAAACUUAUUGGCAGUGUGUUUUGCAUUGUCCUUUUUGCAGGUAGACUUUCGUCUGACACGCACCAGCUUCCAUUCGAUUCUGUCUGAAAUCAGAGAAUUUCGACAGAAUGUCGCGAAAUCGUGCAGCUGAAGAGACUGACAGGCAGACGCGUAUAGCUAUUGUCAGCUCGGACAAGUGCAAGCCCAAGAGAUGCCGUCAGGAGUGCAAAAAGUCCUGUCCGGUUGUCCGGAUGGGCAAGCUUUGCAUCGAAGUUGCCAUGGACUCCAAGAUUGCGUCCCUCUCGGAGGAACUUUGCAUCGGUUGCGGUAUAUGCGUGAAGAAAUGUCCCUUCGAGGCCAUCACAAUCAUCAACAUCCCGAGUAACCUGGAUAAACAUACGACUCAUCGUUACUCGAAGAACUCGUUUAAGCUGCACCGUUUGCCGAUUCCUCGCCCCGGCGAAGUGCUCGGUUUGGUUGGGCAGAACGGUAUCGGGAAGUCUACGGCACUGAAAAUUCUGGCCGGUAAGUUGAAGCCCAACUUGGGUCGCUUCGCUGAUCCUCCAGAUUGGACAGAGAUCCUCGCCCAUUUCCGGGGUAACGAAUUGCAGAACUAUUUCACCAAGAUUUUGGAGGAUAGUUUACGUGCACUUAUUAAACCACAGUAUGUGGAUCAAAUUCCGAAGGCCGUCAAGGGAACGGUUGCGGCUCUGUUGGACAAAAAAGACGAACGCAACAAUCAGAAGGAGAUUUGCGAUCUGUUAGAUUUGACUCAUAUUCGUGACCGUGAGAUACAGGCUUUGUCGGGAGGAGAGUUGCAGCGUUUUGCAUGUGCAAUGGUUUGCAUACAGGAUGGUGAUAUUUUCAUGUUCGAUGAACCAUCGUCGUAUCUGGAUGUGAAACAGCGUUUGAACUGUGCUAUGACGAUCCGUUCACUGAUCCACCCGGAUAAGUUUAUCAUCGUCGUGGAGCACGAUCUUUCCGUGUUGGAUUAUCUGUCGGAUUUUAUUUGCUGUCUAUACGGAGUUCCUGGUUGUUACGGUGUGGUUACCAUGCCUUUCUCUGUCCGUGAAGGUAUCAACAUUUUCUUGGAUGGCUACGUGCACACUGAGAACAUGCGUUUCCGCACCGAGUCACUUACCUUUAAAGUGUCCGAAUCUGCCUCGGAGGAAGAAAUAAAACGUACUUGCCAUUACGUUUAUCCGCAAAUGAAAAAGAAAUUGGGCGGCUUUACACUAUCAGUCCAGAACGGACAGUUUAGCGACUCGGAAAUCAUCGUGCUGCUAGGGGAGAAUGGAACUGGAAAAACUACCUUCAUUCGUAUGCUGGCCGGUAAUUUGGAACCGGAUGAGGAAUCAGAAAAGCUUCCUUGUCUGAACAUUUCCUAUAAACCGCAGAAGAUCUCACCAAAGAGUCAAUCAACGGUUCGAACCCUGCUACACGACAAGAUUCGCGACGCCUACAUUCACCCGCAGUUCAUUGCCGACGUGAUGAAACCGAUGAAGAUUGAUGAAAUCAUGGAUCAGGAAGUUCAGAACUUGUCCGGUGGUGAAUUGCAGCGUGUCGCUUUGGUGCUGUGCUUAGGGAAACCAGCCGACGUGUAUUUGAUUGACGAACCUUCUGCUUAUUUGGAUUCCGAACAGCGUUUGGUGGCGGCCAAGGUCAUCAAGAGAUAUAUUCUACACGCCAAGAAGACUGGAUUCGUAGUCGAGCACGAUUUUAUUAUGGCGACCUACCUGGCUGAUCGAGUGAUUGUGUUUGAAGGAAAACCAUCGGUGGAUACGACAGCCCACACGCCACAAUCGCUGCUAAAUGGAAUGAACCGCUUCCUUGAGCUGCUGGAGAUUACAUUCCGAAGAGAUCCGAAUAACUUUAGGCCCAGAAUCAAUAAGCUUAAUUCGGUUAAGGAUGUUGAACAGAAACGAGCUGGACAGUACUUCUUCUACGAAGAGCCUUGAACGAGGAUCUACAAUAUUAUACAUUAGUUUGAUUGAACUUUUUUUUUACACUUCAAGGAAAAAAUGUAUUCGUUUUUAUCUAGUACCAACUGUUUCGCUUUCAACAAUUGUGUCAGAAUGUCACGAGUCGGCUCCCUAGACAGUUUCAAGGUUGGUUGGGACGGCAUCACCAACAUCAGCCGUUGCGCUUGUACAAUUCAAAAGAAUGCUGUGACAGUUAUCUUCUAGAAUUGACAUCCAUUUUUGUAUUAGUUUUGAAAUGACGCUUCGAAAUAAAUUGUACAAGGGUGAUAUUUGUUAUAA